AGUCAGUCCCGAUUGUUUGGUUCGGCUUUCCUGGUUUUACAUAUGUCACUGUACGCCGCUGAGGUCAAGGGGAGAGAAGCAUGGCUGCAUUUUUUAGGAGGUCUCGACAUUUACUGUUAAGGUGGAAUAAGCAUGUCGACCUUGCGCACGUGUCAGUGCGAUCAAUGGCCUCAAAAACACCAGUUGGGUUUAUUGGUCUGGGAAACAUGGGCAGUCCCAUGGCUAAAAACUUGCUGAAAAACGGUUAUCCUGUUAUAGCCACUGAUGUCUUUCCUGAAUCCUGCAAAGAGCUGCAGGAUGCAGGCGCUCAGGUAGUGGACUCCCCAGCAGAGGUGGCAGAAAGAGCCGACCGAAUCAUCACCAUGCUCCCCUCCAGUCCAAAUGUCACAGAGGUCUACACUGGCCCAAAUGGCAUCCUAAAAAAGAUAAAGAAGGGAACUCUGUUGAUCGACUCCUCCACCAUUGACCCUGCAGUCUCGAGAGAGAUGGCCGUCGCUGCAGAAAAGAUGGGUGCUGUGUUCAUGGAUGCUCCAGUGUCAGGAGGUGUCGGUGCUGCCAGCUUAGCCAAACUAACCUUCAUGGUAGGUGGAGUGGAGGAGGAAUACAACGCUGCCCAGGAGCUGCUCACCUGCAUGGGAGCCAAUGUCGUCUACUGUGGACAGGUCGGCACUGGGCAGGCAGCAAAGAUCUGCAACAACAUGCUGCUGGCCAUUGGGAUGAUUGGAACCGCGGAGACUAUGAACCUCGGCAUCAGACUGGGUUUGGACCCCAAGCUGCUGGCACAGAUCCUCAACAUGUCGUCAGGCCGUUGCUGGUCCAGUGACAAGUACAAUCCAGUCCCCGGAGUCAUGGAGGGAGUUCCCUCUGCCAACAACUACCAAGGUGGCUUUGGAACCACACUAAUGGCCAAGGAUCUUGGUUUGGCCCAAAACACUGCCACCAACACAAAGACCCCAGUCCCUCUGGGUUCCCUGGCCCAUCAGAUCUACAGAGUCAUGUCCUCCCGUGGCUACGCUAACAAGGACUUUUCAUCUGUAUUCCAAUUCCUACGUGAGGAGGAGGAAAAGUGAAUGGAGGGGGGAACACAGCUGACUAGGACACGACUGUAGACACACGCACACACGCGCACACACACACACACACGCGCACACACACACACACACACACACACACACACACACACACACCCUAGUUCCCCUUAUCCCACUAUGCUCAGGAGAGAAUAAGGCCUUGCCUUCUGGCACAGAUCUGUGGUCCAAUUAACAUACUGUAUGUUGACACAUGUCCCCUCAUUGCAUAGGCUGAAUUAUAUUUUCAGUUCAUCUCUUUUUUUCCGCUCUCCCCCUCUCUGCACUGGGGAAAUGCUAGAGCUGACCUUAGAUCAUUAUAUAGAGACAAAGCAAGUCUCUAGCCCUCAGUUGAGAGACCGGGGGCAUCAGGUAGGAUAAGAUGUUGCAGGUUUACAUGUAACUAUGCAAAUAAUUUGUGGGUGUUCAGGGUAACUGAAAUAUAUAUAACACUUGUUUUAAUGUUACAAUUUUUAUUCAUGUUUUGUUUGGUUUGUGGUUGUUAACUUUUUGCCCAAAUAUGCAAAUGGGUGCAUUCGAACGUGUUAACAGCAGCGUGUCAGUGCUGUCAAAGAUGGUGUUAAUCAAUCAUGUAGUUGUUGGCCAGACUUCCUGGCAACUUCAUUAUUUUCAUUACUGUAAGCGAUACACUUUUUUACCUGACAUAGAAAACUGCACCUACAUAGGUUGAACUUCCUUCGCACUACUACUACGCGACCAGUUCAGUUCCUUCACUGUGAAACAUGUGUCUGGUUACUUUUGCACUUGUGCAUUGCUGUGCGAUGUGCGGUACGGUUGCCAGGUCCCUUUGACCUUACCUCGUUUCUCUAUUGUCUACCUACGCUUAGUGAGCCGCAGCAGUAUUAUAUUGUGACCACCACUGCUUCAGUUUUGUAUCGUUUUCUACCAAAAGUUUUCAUUUUCUAGCCAGUUUUUACCGUGAAGACCCUCUUUAGAUAUUUCUCUAUCUCUCAGUGAGGAAUGGGUUCUUCCCUGUUCUGUGCAAAUGUACAUACUGUAUAUUUAACGUUGUAGUAUUAAAGAGAAAUUCAAACAAAAUAUAAUUUUUCAGUGGAUCUCUUUACUGUCUGCAGUAGGUCAUACUGUGGCUUAAAAUAAAAGAUUCUGGGUGUUUGGUCA